AUGAACCGUCUCUCCAGCCCCGGACCCGAUGGCUUUGGUCCCUCUUUCUUCGUCUCAUUUUGGGAUACUGUUGUUUCUGAUGUCGAGGGGGUCUUUCAUGACUUCUAUGAUGGUACUCUUGAUCUCACCCACAUAAACCACACCUUCCUCGUCCUUCUCCCUAAGUUCGAGGCGGCUCGCUCACCGUCAGAUUUUCGUCCCAUCUCCCUGCAAAACUACAUCAUGAAGGCCAUCACCAAAGCGUUGUGCUCCCGCUUGCAGCAUUACAUUCACUCUCUGGUUGACCCUGACCAGACAGGGUUCCUUCCUGGCCGCCGUAUCUCCGAGAAUAUUGUCUACGCGGCCGACCUUCUUCGCGCUUGCCACACCCGGAGAGCUCCUACCGUGGUGUUUAAAAUUGAUUUCCGGAAGGCGUUUGACUCCGUCAACUGGGCUAGCCUUCUCACCGUCCUCUCGGCUAGGGGUUUUGACUCAAAGUGGCGCGGGUGGAUCCACGCUAUCUUGUCUAGCGGCCACACCUCGGUUCUCCUCAAUAAUGUCCCCGGGGAUUGGAUCCUUUGUCGCAACGGCCUGCGUCAAGGCGACGCGCUCUAUCCUUACCUUUUUAUUAUCAUUGUCGAUGUCCUUCAACGCCUCGUUCGCCGCGCUUCCGCGGAGGGUCGGGUCACCCACCCCAUUGAUCCUUCCCUCCCGUGCCCCGUUUUGCAAUACGCCGACGAUACCCUUAUCCUCUGCCAUGCAGACAUCCCCUCGGUUACCCACCUCAAAUCCUUGCUGGACGCUUUUGCCCUUGCUACCGGGCUCGCCAUCAAUUUUCACAAAUCUGGGUUCAUCCCGAUGCACUGUAGUGAUGGGCUAUGUGCAGGAGGGUGGCUUCGGGAUUCGCGAUCUUCGUCGGAAGAACAUGUGCCUGCUCCUCAACUUCGUCCACAAGCUUCACCAACUGGACUAUCCUCCGUGGAAGAGUUGGCUCCUCCGCAACAUCAGGGGGACGUGGGCGACUGCUCUUCGGCUCCUUCCUUCCUCAAGGUCAUCGUCCGCCAGGGCCUCCCGACGUACAGGGCCAUCACUCGUGUGGAUCUUGGGGACGGGCGCGCCACCUCCUUCUGGCAUGACCGCUGGUGCCCCGGUGGUGCCCUCUGCUUCGAGUACGCAGCGCUCUUCUCCCACUCCACGUGUCCCAACGCCUCCGUGGCGGUGGUCGCCCUCGACGGUCUUCAUCUCCAGAGACGCCUCUCCUCUGUCGCUGCUUCUCAGCUGGGUGCGGUUCGGACUCUCAUCCGUGCCCUGCAGCUUGUAGACGCUCCGGACCGCCGGUUCAUGGCUUGGGGAGAGGACCUCGAGUUCAGCUCGCGCGUUGCGUUUCGGGUUCUCUUCUCAAAUGGAGUGCUCUGCCAGUCCUCCAUCGACAUCUGGUGCUCCAAACUCCCCCGGAAGAUCAAGAUCUUCGCUUGCUUGCUGGUUCGUGACCGCCUCAUCACGCGUGUGAACCUGUACGCGAAGAGCUGCGCUCCCUCUAGCAUAUGUGCCUCCUGUUCUACAGAGGAGACUACUGCGCACAUCUUCACCUCGUGCAGGCGCGCGGCCUCCACCUGGGCUCGUCUAGGGCUGGGCCCCUUCCACUCGGUUGACGGGGUUCUCUCCUCGCCCCCGGGUGCAUCGACCUCGGUUGCGCUUUGGAAGGACGGGCUCCUUGUGUUGCUUUGGCAGCUUUGGAAAGCCCGGAACAACGCCACAUUCAACGGUGUCGACUGCAACGCUUGCGACAUCCUCUCCAGAACAGCGGACGACAUCAUGCUAUGGAGCUGCCGCUACGACACUCCUGAUCGCGCGCUUCUCCUUGAGACGCACGCUUUUUUUCUUUCGGCCAUGUAA